AAAGUGUCAUCCAAUCUGUUGCAACUUUCAAGUGGUCUCUCAGAAAUAUUUUCCCAACACAUGAAAUUCUGAAAUUUUACUGAAAAUCUAUCUAAAACCCUAAAAGCUUCUCUCUUUUCUUCUCCAUUCAAUCAAAUAUCAUUUAAAAAGAAAACCCCUUUUUUUUGGCAGUUUUCCCCCCUUGUUUUCCUUGUCAAAAAUGGCAACACUUCAAGUAACAAGCCCAAAGGAAUUGAUAUCAAUAACCGCUUCUUCUUCUUUGUUUUCUUCAAGACUACGUUCUUCUUCAAAAAUUUCAUUGAAGAAAAGCUUUUUGAGGACGCGUCACCGUUUUGGAGGGAUAGCCUGUUCAUUUGCUCCAAUGGAAACUGCCAAGAUAAAGGUGGUCGGUGUUGGUGGAGGUGGUAACAAUGCUGUUAAUCGAAUGAUUGGUAGCGGUUUACAGGGUGUUGAUUUCUAUGCAAUAAACACAGAUUCUCAAGCACUAUUACAGUCUGCUGCCGAGAACCCACUUCAGAUUGGAGAGCUUUUGACUCGUGGACUAGGCACCGGUGGAAAUCCACUUUUGGGUGAACAAGCUGCUGAGGAAUCUAGAGAUGCCAUUGCAAAUGCUCUUAAGGGCUCAGAUCUUGUCUUCAUAACUGCUGGCAUGGGCGGAGGCACUGGGUCUGGUGCUGCUCCAGUUGUUGCUCAGAUAGCCAAGGAGGCUGGUUAUUUGACUGUUGGUGUGGUAACCUAUCCCUUCAGCUUUGAGGGACGCAAACGAACUGUGCAGGCACUGGAGGCUAUUGAAAAGUUGCAAAAGAAUGUUGAUACUCUCAUAGUGAUUCCCAAUGACCGUCUGCUUGAUAUUGCUGAUGAGCAGACACCUCUGCAAGAUGCUUUUCUUCUUGCUGAUGAUGUUCUGCGCCAAGGUGUACAAGGAAUUUCAGAUAUAAUCACGAUACCUGGAUUGGUGAAUGUGGAUUUUGCAGAUGUUAAGGCAGUCAUGAAAGAUUCUGGAACUGCGAUGCUUGGGGUAGGAGUUUCAUCUAGCAAAAACCGUGCAGAAGAAGCGGCAGAGCAAGCAACUUUGGCUCCCCUCAUUGGGUCAUCAAUUCAGUCUGCUACUGGUGUGGUAUAUAAUAUUACUGGAGGAAAAGAUAUAACCUUGCAGGAAGUUAAUAGAGUAUCACAGGUUGUGACUAGUUUGGCUGAUCCUUCGGCUAACAUCAUAUUUGGUGCUGUUGUCGAUGACCGAUACAAUGGGGAGAUCCAUGUGACUAUUAUUGCUACAGGCUUCUCACAGUCAUUUCAGAAGACAUUAUUAACUGACCCCAAGGCUGCAAAACAGAAUGACAAAGUUGCAGGGGGACAUGAAAGAAAGGGGAUACCCUUACCCCUCAAACCAUCUUCCCCUUCAACUGUUCCGUCCGGAUCAUCUCAACGAAGGCUAUUCUUUUAAUUUCCCUGAUCUCUUCUUUCUACCUGCUUUUUGCUGUUAGUUGUGUAAAGAUCUUGAAGCUCAUGAGUCUUUAGUUGCCAUUUGUUUUAAAUGAUUGUGCGCCUCUUCAAUAAUUAAUGAGUUUUAGUAGUCCAAA